CCGGCGCCAAAUAGAACUGGCAGACAUAGACAUUCAGUACAAGAAGAAAAAGAUGGAAAAUCUUGCACUGGAGUCCGAAAUAAAAAAGAGGACAAUUAGGAAACUGGACCUUGAAAUAAAAAAACUUGAGAGGGAGCUCCAAGAAGAUGACACAGCUCAAAAUAAAAAUUAGGUAUAUUCUCGUAAAGUCAAGUGAGCCAUGACAUAUGAGCUCUUAUUGUGAGCACACAGGACGGUGGCAUCUUUCUAAGGUUUGUUUUUAUUUUCCCAGCAAUCAGUACAACCAAGUCAUCGUUAUAAGGCAUCGCCCUCUUUUGCCCACCCCCCCAGCACCAGGUGUGGCCACUAGCCUAUAUGAAGGCCCAAAAUUGUGUGUUCCUUUCUGCUCUGACAAUGGCAUGCCCAUUCGUGCGAGAUGUGGUGGAUGAAGAAGCACUUGUGCUGAGGAGAGCCUUCAGGCGAGAAAGGGUCUUCAGGGACCGGUUGGACCCACUGGCCUCCCCUGAUGACCAUCUAUAUGAAAGAUACAGGUUUUCUGCAGAUGGCAUCAGGUAUCUAUGCAGACUACUGGGUCCCAGGAUUAAGCACCGCACUGCACGGAGCCAUGCACUGAGCGUGGAGCAAAUGGUUUGUGUGGCCUUGCGCUUUUUUGCUAGUGGAGCCUUCCUGUACUCAGUGGGGGAUGCAGAACAGCUGAACAAGGCCACAAUUUGCCGCACAAUAAGGAGUGUGUGUCUGGCUAUCAAAGCAUUAGCAGAUGUCUUCAUCUCCUUCCCUGGCCACAGAAGACUCUGUGACAUCAAAGAGGAGUUCUAUAGGAUUGCAGAUGGUCUGCAAUGCUGACUGUGUGAUCAGCAAUGUUGUGGCAAAAUGGCCUGGCUCAGUCCAUGACUCCAGAAUCUUUCGGGCCUCUGAAAUCUAUCAGUGCCUAUCACAAGGUGAAUUCUCUGGUGUGUUGCUGGGAGACAGGGGGUAUGGCUGCCAGCCUUUUCUCCUGACACCUUUCACAGACCCCCAGGAAGCACAGCAGGCCUACAACCAUGCCCAUGCCAGGACCAGGGCCAGAGUUGAAAUGACCUUUGGCCUCCUGAAGGCACGCUUUCACUGCCUUCACAAAUUAUGGGUCAGCCCUGUUAGGGCAUGUGAUAUUACUGUGGCUUGUGCUGUCCUCCACAAUGUGGCCUGCCUGAGGAAGGAGAGGGCCCCCAGAGUGCCACCAGCCAUGGACUGGGACAAUCCGGCAAUCUUCCCUGAUGACGACAGUGGUCGGCUGCUGAGGGACAAAUAUGUGUUGAAUUAUUUUAGUUAGUAUGUGUGCUUUCAAUUUUGGUUAAAUAUGUCCUGCGGUGGCAGAGGAAUUUGGGUUUUUUUGGGUUCGUUUUUUGACGAAUUUGGCCUCUUAUGAUGUUUGUGCGGUAUACUGUGUGUAAUACAAGGCUGCAGGGAGGCUACUGCAUCCAUUCAUUUGUCUGUUCAGUUGAUGUGUAUGGAUUUGUCCUGCAUUUAUUUUAGUGUGCAGACAUGCAGGGUGUGUUAUAUACAGACCUUUGAAUGUGUAUGUAUCAUUUUGUAUAAUAUGCUUGGAUUCUGUGCUUUCCAUCUUGUAGAGUCACUGUGACUUCAGUUUCGAAAGGAGCUGAUGGUUUACCUGCUUUGUUUUGUCCUUAUUCAAUAAAGGAACAUAAUGUUA